AUGGAACAAGAGGAACUAAGCCCGAGGGUCGGUGUUCUCGAGGCACAAGUAAACUCGUUGGUUUCUAUGAUAACGGAAAUGAAAGCUCUACUGGAAGCUUCUCAUGUAAAACAGUCGGCGACACCGGAUCUAAAUAAUCCUACCCAUCCAUCAUCGUCUAACACUAAUGAUAAGGGGCAACCCGAAAACGCCCAUCCCGUUCCCGAAGUCACUCAAACUCCUCAUGUUAAUCCGCAACCUAAAGUGUCGCCCGUAGUUAUUAACUUGGAGAAGGAAGAGAGAGGAAAAUCCGUGGUUAAAACAGAAGAAGGGGCUAAGAGGUUGGCCAAAAUUGAAGAGUGCUUGAGCGAUCAAGGCUAUGAGUUAGCCAGAUUUGAUAAGAUUUCUCCUUUUGCGAAAAUUGAGGUGUCGCCGGAUUACAAGGAACCGGAAUUUGUCGGGAAGUACAACGGGACAGGCUGUCCCCAUGCUCAUUUGAAAUAUUAUCUGCGCAAGAUGGCACAUUACUCGGACUACGUCCCUCUCCUCAUGAACACGUUCCGGGAAAGCUUGGCGGGCGCCGCUUUGGCCUGGUUCAUCGAGUUAGACUUGGAAGAUUAUGAUGGCUGGGAGGAUUUAGCUGAAGAUUUUCUGCAUCAGUACAAAUUUAACACCGCCAUCGCCCCUACUCGAGAAGACUUGCUUAGAACUGUGAAGAGAAAGAAUGAGCAGAUUCGUACGUAUGCCCGCAGGUGGCGAGCUUUGGCAACGCAAGUUAAGCCGUUUAUUCCGGAAGACGAGUUGGUUGACUUGUUUCUGAAGGUACUCCCCUACGAGUACUUUGACAAGCUGAACACGUCGGGAUGUCAGACAUUUAUCCAUCCGAUAAAGGUGGCGGAAAGGCUGGAAUGGGCCAUGAGAGAAAGAAAAGCCCCAGAAGCGCCGGCAAGACGCUAG